AUGUUUCUCCCAGAUCGAAAUAAGCGCAGGACUAAUAUCGGCCUCGAUCAGCACCACUCCUCUCUUAAAUCAAGUGAAUGGGUGAAUGGCACAUUGAUCGACCUGCUGCCAGGCGUGAAGCAUAACCUCCCCAUCGAGCCUCGUCUCGCAGGAAUCGAACGAGUUGCAACUUCCUCCACACCCAUCUCUGUCGCAGAACGCGACGCUGGUUGUAUCCAUAAGGCAGACGGUGUCGAGAGCGUUGAGACAGGCGUGAUUUCUAUCGUAAAUCGUGCAGGCGCCGCUGCCGACGCUCUCCCUUGUAUCGAGGGUAUUACGCCCGGGGAGAGACCUUUCGGCGGCGCCAAUGAAGGUGAGGUCCGCAUCCGUAGUGCGGAGCCACUUGUAGAACUCUACAUCGCUGACAACGGAUGCCCCUACAUCUCUACUCUUCAGAAAUUCUGA